UUAUUAUCUCGACGCGGCCGCGGUGUUUUUUUAUCGUUUAAAAUAAUAUAUGGUUUUAUCACGUGAAAAAAUACUGACGCAAUCGCCGUCCGCGGACCGUGAACGGCGAAGUGAAGCACUCGUCGACUUACCGGUGCGGCGUACUCACUACUCAAUCGAUACCCAUCGCCGUUGAUACGCAGUCCGUGCUCGGCACAUCGUCAACGUGUACGCCGAUCAUAAUAUUAUUAUUUUUAUUGUUAUUACUGUCGUUAUCAUACCUAAUCGUUAUCACCGCCGUUCCGUUCCGCACUGUGCACUGUAGACGCCGCCGCCGAGUGCUGCGUUCCAAACUCCCAAGUCAUCGCGACCACCGCCAAAUAGGUACGUACCUACCUACCGUACUGUAAUUGUAUCAACGAUGUUGUUGUCGGACAUGAGGCCGGUGGUUACGGUCUCCCACGGUCGUUCCGGUCUUGCGAUGUAGUCGAGCUCGCCGCCGGAUUGACCCGCCGUCUCGGAAAACGAAGGAGAAGCACCGCCCGACGACCCGCAAUGGCCGUGUGGCUGGAAGUGCUGUUCGUGGCUUUUUUCAUCUCGCUGCCGUUCCUCUACGACACGCGCCGGACGUUCCGCUACUACUUCCGUCUGGCCAUCUUCUCCGCGCUGGCCUACCUGACGUCCCUGUUGGCCGUCUUCCAGUUCAAAUACCGGUCCAGGUUGAUCGCAUAUUUUGGACAACAAAUUUCAGAUUUAUUGUCUCUUGAAUGGUGCCUACAUGGGAAAAAAAAUCUGUCAUCAACACGUGCAAGAGUGGCUAUUAUAAAUUAUCAAACUGACAUUGAUACAUUAGGACUUUUACAUUUGGUAUAUAGUCAAGAGAUGGAACUGAAUAUAAUUUCAGAAACAAAUUUUGUCAACUUAUGGCCAUUUUCGUUUUUUCCAUGGCUGCUUUCCUUGGCACUAUCCCCUUUUCAAUUUUUUUAUACCAAUUUAAGGUUGUUGAAUUGUUGUCCAUCAAUUGAUUCACAGCCUACAAUUAUUUUAUCAUCAACUAAAAUGACAAAUGAAGAAACUAUUAAAAUGGCUUUAAAAAAAAAAUUACCUGUCCAGCCUAUCGUAUUUUCCAACUGCUAUUUCAUAAACAAAGAAAAACAUAUGUUUGAGCCAGGUCGUGUUAUUAUAUCUGUUAUGCCAAUCAUAGAAACUGAUGGUUUAUCAGCAAAUGAUAUAUCUAACUUCAGUGAUGAAGUAUGUUCUAAAAUACGUACAGAAUAUGACAGUAUAAGUAAAAUAACUCAACUGGGCGACUAUCAAACACCAUCUUUUUAGGCCUUUGAGUUCAUAUUAUUAAUAAUACUCUUCCAUGCACAAUUUUUAAUUAACAAAACUUCAAGUUAUAUUUAUUGUUUAUUUUAAAAAGACACAUUUUUGUUCACUAUGGUAUGGCUAAAAAGUAUAUUUACACUACUUAAAUGUUGAUAAU